AUGGUAAGCAACACCUUCCAGAAGUUACCCGAGAACCAGAGCUUGUCGUUCCCCAAAUGCAGAAACUCCCCAGGGACCUGGGUCCUGGACAAGUGUCCUGGAUUCUUCUGGACCCUGGGGUCCUCGUCCUGCUCAGGCAUCCCUGCCAUGCUCUCCCUGAGGGCCAUCAACACGGUCUUCUCUGGACAGGAGCCUGGCGCACAGCCGGGUGUUGUGGGCCCCAAUGGGGUGACUGCCUGCUCCUGGGCCCCACAGUUAGUCCUUGUGCUCAGUGCACUGGCUGAGCUGCAGGACACCCUGGAAUUGGGAGCACACAGUGCUGGCUUGCUGUGGCCACACUGCAUCUCAAGAAAUAAAAAAAUAAAAAAUAAAAAGAAGUACGUGAUUUUUUAUAAACCUAUAAAGAAGUUCUCUUUCUGUAGCACAGUAUGGUGUGCUGCUUACUACCUGUCAGAAAGGUUUGGUAAUAGGGCUCUUGAACUCAGUAUAAAAAUCCAGAGCUGGCUGGCCCCUCCCCUGGAGGGGGAGGAGUUACUGCCCUUCUUCGCCAUCAGAACACACCAUGACGCCUGUUACCUGAGACCCUCAGGAAGCCCCGGGGUCACGGCCCAGAAGCACCCCGGAGAAAGAGAGUUGUGUGGAGCCCACCAGAGUGGUGGUGCCUCCCUCAGGACUUUAGGACCCUCCGUGGACCCUGAAACACCUUCAUUCUCAGGACUUACAGACUCAGCAGGGACUGCUCCUAAUGGCACCCGCUGCCUCACAGAGCACUCUGGUCCUAAGUACACACAGCACCCAAACCCAGCUCAUUGGUUGGACCCAAGCCAUGGCCCCCCAAGGGGUCCAGGACCACCUAGAGAUGCAGAGGACCCUGACCAGAGUGAGACAUCUUCAGAAGAAGAGUCAGGAGUGGACCAGGAACUCUUAAAAGAAAACGAGGCUGGGUACCAGGAGGAUGAGAACCCUUCUUUUCUUUCCAUUCCAUCUGCUUGCAGCUGCCAGGGAACACCUAGAAUUCCAGAAGGGCCUUACUCUGAGGGAGGAAAUGGCUCUUCUACUAGCAACUCUUGCCACCUCUAUGCCUCUCCAGCCUUGGGGGAAGAUGAAGAGUUGGAAGAGGAAUAUGAUGAUGAAGAAUCUCUUAAGUUCCCCAGUGAUUUUUCACGUGUGUCCAGCGGAAAGAAAGCCCUAUUCCGGAGACAGUGGCACCACUUUCCAACGAAGGCGGAUACUCGGGAGGGUGGACGUAGGGAUCCCAGGUCCCCUGGUCAACAUUGACUGGGCCAGAAAUGAAGUCAGGCAGAUAAGCGCAGAGGCCUGGGAUUGUGGGGAGCUGAGGAACUAUGUCAACUUGGACAGGCAGGCUUUUCGUGGCUGAUUGAACUGCUGGUGUUGGUGGGAGAGUAUGUAGAAACUUGUGGGCACACCAUCUAUGCAUGCAGGCAGCUGAAAAGCAGUGAUUUGGACCUUUUUCAAGUUUGGAUGGGAGUCUGGACAGGGCCUGGGGGCUGGGCCCAGGUCAUGUUUCAGUUUCUAAGCCAGGGGUUUUACUGUGGAGUAGGAUUGUUUGCCCGUUUACCCUUUCUAAGCCAGGGGUUUUACUGUGGAGUAGGAUUGUUUACCCGUUUUCUUAAGCUGCUGGGUGCUUUACUGCCCCUGGCUCUGGCCCUCUUUUUGGGCUUUCUACAGUUGGGAUGGUGGUUUCUGGAGGGACUAGGUGACCGGUUAGGCUGGAGGGAUAAGGUCACCUGGCUCUUCUCUUGGCUGGAUUCUCCAGCCUCGCAGCGUUGCUUGACUCUGCUGCGAGAAAGCGGGUCAUGGCAGUGGCUGGUAAGAAUAAUUCAGUGGGGGUCCGAAAUAAUUCAGUGGGGUUGGCUGGAGUUGCCUUGGGUCAAGCAGAAUACUAACAGGCAGGGGAAUGCACCUGUAGCUACUGGGCGCUACUGCCAGCCUGAAGAGGAAGUGGUUCGACUCUUGACCUUGGCUGGGGUUCCUGAGGAUGAGUUAAACCCUUUCCAUGUACUAGGCAUUGAGGCCACAGCAUCAGACACUGAACUGAAGAAGGCCUAUAGACAGCUGGCAGUGAUGGUUCAUCCCGACAAAACUCAUCACCCCCGGGCUGAGGAGGCCUUCAAGGUUUUUCGCGCAGUUUGGGACAUUGUCAGCAAUGCCGAAAAGCAGAAGGAAUAUGAGAUGAAAGGAAUGGCAGAGAAUGAGCUGAGCCGGUCAGUAAAUGAGUUUCUGUCCAAGCUGCAAGAUGACCUCAAGGAGGCAGUGAAUACUCUGAUGUGUGGCCGAUGCCAAGGGAAGCAUAGGAGGUUUGAGGUGGACCAGGAACCUAAGAGUGCCAGAUACUAUGCUGCGUGUGAUAGGCUGCGUCCCGCUGAGGAAGGGGACUUUUGGGCAGUGUCAAGCUUGUUGGGCCUCAAGAUCACCUACUUUGCACUGAUGGAUGGAAAGGUGUAUGACAACACACAGUGGGCUAGAGGCCAGCGUCAGAUAUCUCCCCAGACCCACAGAGUCUCCUCACAUCUCUCAUUUGGUUCUCGGAUUCCAGGCACCAGAGGGCGGCAGAGAGCCACCCCGGACGCCCCUCCUGCUGAUCUUCAGGAUUUCUUGAGUCAGAUCUUUCAAGUACACCCAGGGCAGACGCCCAGUGGGAACUUCUUUGCAGCUCCUCAGCCUGCCCCCGGAGCCACUGCAGCCUCUAAGCCCAACCGCACAGUACCCAAGGGAGAAACGAAACCGAAGCGGCGGACGAAAGGGAGGAGGCCCUUCCAACGUUGAAGGCCCCUUCUCUUUCCUCAAAACAAUGUCAGGGAGUGGAAAGGACUGUGUACAGCGCAGGAUGGAGUUUGAUUUCUCCCUCCUCCCCCAACACCUAGGAACUGAAUCUUUUUUUUUUUUUUUUUUUGAGACAGAGUCUCGCUGUGUUGCCCAGCUGGGGUGCAGUGGUGUGAUCUUGGUUUACUGCAACCUCUGUCUCCUGGGUUCAAGCAAUUCUCCCAUCUCGGCCUCCUGAGUAGCUGGGAUUACAGGCACGC